AUCGGCGUUGAUACGGACAGGACCGUUUGUCAUGUGAGUCACGACCUCUGUGGGGGAGAGGAGCUGCGCUCUGGAGAACGUAGUGUUCGUGUACACAGACGUUCCAGCGACCUGCGAGUGAAAAAAGAGGCAGCUUGGGAAUUAUCGUAGCAGUCUUCAAGGGACAGCAGUGGAGAACAACUAGAUACUUCAUUUCAUCAGGCAUAAGGCAAGUCUCAAAGUUUUUCAAGAAGUGGAUUUUGGGAUUCAGAGAACCAACUCAGCUGAGGCUUUUUUGAAUGUGAAGGCUCCUGUUGGAUUUUUGUCAAAAACCCAUGUGGCAUUGAUAAAUGAAAAAUUGAAAUAUAUACUGCGUGCUUCAGCCAACUUUUUGGGACUUUGCUAUCGUGGGACUUUCUGAAGAUACUAAAUUGCCUCAUCGUUUAAUAAUAAGAACAUCCUGUUUUCUGAGUCAACAUAUUAUUAUUUUUCUUCCCAACCCUUUUUUACUUAAACUUCUUUUUUAGUUUUUAAGACAUUAUGAAAGGAACAUUCAGCCAUCUAGGAGGGUGUUAAAAGCUUCUAGGAACCCUCGUCGAUCUCAGCCGUGGCCCUCGCCGUUGGGGAAUGGGGUAACAGAGAUGGUGGUCACUCAGUUAGAGCUGGAGCUCUGUUAUCAGGGGAAGAAGCUCAGAGGUUUCACAUGCAAGCUCACUCGUUCGGCUCAUGGUUUCUUGCCGGAGAGCUCGUACAUCAUCGCUGCGCAGGUCCUACUGCCUUAUCUGCUGGGCGGACUGGGGAUGGUGGCGGCCGGUAUCGUCAUGGACAUUGUCCAACAUUGGGAUGUGUUUAAAGUGAUCACAGAGGUGUUCAUCCUGGUACCUGCUCUGGUCGGGCUCAAAGGAAACCUGGAGAUGACUCUAGCAUCUCGUCUCUCUACUGCUGCUAACACCGGACAGAUGGAUGACCCCAAACAGCAGUGGCUGAUGGUGACCUGUAAUCUUGCUCUCAUUCAGGUUCAGGCCACUGUGGUGGGCUUCCUAGCAGCUCUUGCGGCCGUAGGUCUUGGUGCUCUGUCCAGAGGGGGUGUAGAGCUGGACCAGGCAGCCGUCCUGUGUGCUAGCAGUGUUACCACUGCAUUUAUGGCAGCUCUGUCCUUAGGUCUGGUGAUGAUUGGUGUGAUCAUUGGCUCCAGGAAGGUGGGCAUCAACCCUGAUAAUGUGGCCACACCAAUAGCAGCCAGUCUGGGAGAUCUCAUCACUCUUUCUCUGCUGGCUGGAGUCAGCACCACACUGUUCCAGUACAGAGACGUGUGGUACUUGUCCCCGUUGGUGUGUGUCUUCUUCCUGCUGCUCAUUCCUCUCUGGGUGCUCAUCGCUAGACGGAGUCCACAGAUUAAAGAGGUUCUGAAGUCCGGCUGGCAGCCUGUUAUAGUGGCCAUGUCCAUCAGCAGCUUCGGAGGCCUUAUUCUUGAUAAGACUGUGAGCGAUCCAAACUUUGAGGGCAUGGCGGUCUUUACACCGGUCAUAAACGGUGUGGGGGGGAAUCUGGUGGCCAUCCAGGCCAGUCGGAUCUCCACCUAUCUUCAUUUGUGGAGCAUACCUGGAGUCCUGCCCUAUAAGAUGAGACAGCACUGGCCCAACCCCUGUGCCACAUUCUUCUCCUCAGGUGUGAACUCUAAGUCAGCGCGGGUGCUGUUCCUCCUGGUGGUUCCAGGUCAUCUGUUGUUUCUUUUUGCCAUUAAUAUGCUCCAAGGAGGCCACACUGCCAUCACGCCAGCAUUUAUCUGCUGCUACUUGGGUGCUGCUCUGCUUCAGGUUGGAAUCCUAAUUUAUACAGCAGACCUGAUUGUGCGUUUGAUGUGGAGGAAAGGUCUGGACCCGGAUAACUUCUCCAUCCCAUACCUGACUGCACUGGGAGACCUGUUGGGCACGGGUUUCCUGGCCUUGUGUUUCCGUUUGGUCAUGUUAAUGGAGUAGCUUGGCUUGUGAAACACUAGACCUCCUCCUCCUCCCCCACUUCCACCUCCAGCUCCCAGUUCACGGGACCUUAGCUGCCCAGGUUGGCUGCAGUGGUUUUAGAGAUGUGAACUUGUCUGUGGGAAGCUACAGACAGAAUAUCAGCCACAUUGUUUUUGUGCUUACAGGAUAGGUUGACUAGAAAUAUGAAAAACAUCGGCAGGUAUGGACUUAUUACCUGACAGCCUGUUAUAUGAUUAUACUUUUGGUGUGUUGUCCUGUCGCCUCAGUGAUGCUGCUUUCAUAUACACUAGUCACCUGAUUACUGUAUAUUAAAGGUGCUGUAUGUAAGUUUUUGACUCUAAUAAAGCAUACAAAAUACCAUAAUAUGUUUGUAGAUAUUUAAGAAACAUGCUAAGUUAACAUACUUGUUUAUCUGAAAAACAAUGCUACAGU